AGCUUCCUUUCCACUCUACCAACAAUCAUGGCCGAUUCCGGAGCCCCCGCCGGCGACGCCCCCGCGUCCGUCGAGCACCUGAACAUCAAAGUCACCGAUAACAACAACGAGGUGUUCUUCAAGAUCAAGCGCUCAACACAACUGAGGAAGUUGAUGGACGCUUUCUGCGAGAGACAGGGCAGACAAGCCUCGACUGUGCGUUUCCUAUUCGAUGGAACUCGCGUGCGUCCCGAGGACACCCCUGAUACGCUUGAAAUGACCGACGGUGACACCCUGGAGGUCCACCAAGAGCAGAUUGGUGGCUAGAUAGAUAUCCUCUCGAUGAAUGAUGAUUAUGUCUUUAAAUACAUCCAGCCGUUGUCUAGCCGCGAUUACGCUUCCUCCUUUUCAUACGAAACACAGGCGCAAUGGUGUUUAACUUGGGUUGCGUCCGAGCCCGGUCCUCAUUGGGGAGGCUACAAGUACCUGGGUAGGAUGGGAUUUUGAGCCUGAGAGAUGAUGAUGAUGACGAUUACUAUUUGCUGUCUAUGAAAAUUAAAACAGCGAGUCAUUUCGGUACAGGUGGUUUCAAGUGGCAUAGUCUUAGAUUACUUGUUCAAGCUAUGCAAUCUGCAAC